AUGGGUCGCAAAUUUUGUGUUGGAGGAAACUGGAAAAUGAAUGGCUCAAAAGCCUCAAUCACAGAUUUAUGCAAAGUUCUCACUGCUGGUCCAUUAGACCCAAAUGUUGAGAUUGUCGUUGGAUGCCCAGCUGUUUACAUUUCAUUUGCUCGCAGCUUACUCCCAGAAUCCAUCAGAGUUGCUGGUCAGAACGCAUACAAGGCAAAAUCCGGAGCAUUCACCGGUGAAAUGGCCCCAUCAAUGUUAUUAGAUGUUGGUGCUGACUGGGUUAUCAUUGGACAUUCAGAAAGAAGACAAAUUUUCGGUGAAUCUGACGAACUUAUUGCUGAAAAGGUUGCAUUUGCCCUUGCUGAAGGCAUGAAAGUCAUUGCCUGUAUUGGUGAAACUCUCCAAGAACGUGAAGCUGGUCAAACAGAAGCCGUCUGCUUCCGUCAAACAAAAGCUAUUGCAGCCACUGUUAAGGACUGGACAAAUGUCGUUAUUGCUUAUGAACCAGUAUGGGCCAUUGGCACAGGAAAGACAGCAACACCAGCACAAGCCCAAGAAGUUCAUGCCGCUCUCCGUAAAUGGUUCACUGAAAAUGUCUCACCCGAAGUCUCUGAUGCCAUCAGAAUUCAAUACGGUGGCUCAGUCACAGCUGCCAACUGCCGUGAAUUAGGUUCACAACCAGACAUUGAUGGAUUCUUGGUCGGCGGUGCCUCAUUGAAGCCAGAAUUCGUUCAAAUUGUUAAUGCUAAGCAGUAAAGAGUUUAAAAGACAAAUAAAUUUUACAUCACUUUGGUUUGUUGGCAUUAAACUUCCCCAA